AUGAUAAAUGAAACUUCGGGUGACGAGCCUCAGCCUGGUACAUCAACGGCUCAACAACAAUAUUAUUAUAUAGGACAAACUCAACGCUCUGUCAGUUUAACCGAAGCGAUCCCCAAAAAAGGAAUUUUGAAAAGAUCGUCAUUAAGGACACCUAAUGAAAGCAGAGAUUCCGUGCCUGUUGUGACUCCAUUUCGUCCAUCUCCAGAUCGUUUCCCCGAUAAACCUAGCACUAGAAUUCCGAAACUCUCAGUCACUUGGUGGGAGAAAAAUGCAGUUGCUAUAUUUGGCGACACAAGUGAUGAGAAUAAUACCGAUUCGGAACAAGUGAUGAAAGAUCUCGGGGCAGGCCCUAGGAGUCGUUCAGUAGAAGGGGAAGACGUGAGGCAAACAGCUAUCCUAGACUCAGAAGAGGAUUCAGAAGACGCAACUGCCAUUGAAUCGGACAGGCUGUCUCAAGUAUGCUCAGUUCCUAUGGAAAUUGAAGAAGAAAUAAAUUAUGAAGAUCAACGAGAUGAUGCUAUAAGCAUAACAAGCUCUACGGGUAGUGCAUCGUCUUCCGUUGUAGGUAGAUGGUGGACAGGGAAAGAUACUAGGUUUGUACCUCAUUGCCAAAAACGAGGUUGCAACCAUGGUCAUCAUAAUCCUGAAUUAGGUGUAUAUCUUACUCCAACUCAAAGAAGAAAUAAAGAAAUGGCUGAAUUAAAAAAGGAGUUACGGAGUGCUAAGAAUGAAGUUGAGGAGAAGAAUCGACAUCUGUCAGAACUUCGAGAAAAGUUGAAGGAGAUCGAAAACGUUCAUGAAGUUAAAGGCCAUUUAUCAGACAGUAGCCGUUUGAUGCAACAUGAACGAGAAGCCAGGGAAGAUUUUGAGAAAGAAAAAAAGCUUAUGGAACGAAAACAUGCCGUAAGAGUUAAUCAAUUAGUUCAAGAAACAUUAAACGCUAGAGAGCAGAUAGCAAAACUGAAACUGCGAAUUGAAGAACUGGAGAGCAUCAUAAACCGGCCAAGAGUCGAAGCAUCAACUCUAACUGACGAUAUACAGAACUACGACCUUGGUUCACAUACUCCUGGAGCUGGCCCGCAAAGCCCAACAGAUCCAACAGAUCCAUCUACUUCAGCACUAUAUGUUCAAUCACCUUCUCUUCCUUCUUCUCCGACAGCUGUUAAUCCACUUUCACCAGUUGGCAGUUUGCCUGAGAGGAGAAGCAUUCCUAUGCUAUCGCAAGCAUCGCCGCUAAUGCACGCGUCGCCGAUGAGUAUUUCCAUGGACUCUAAGAUAAGCGGGAAUCCGAUGUAUUUGAGUCAAGAAGCUUUGAACCAUAUGCAAGCGUAUCAGAAUGAAGCGUUUAUUUGGCGCAACAAGGCUGCGCAAUUGGAAAUUGUACUUAAAGACCAACUUCUUAAGUAUUCUAGUUUGGAGAAAGCUUACCGCAACGAUAUAGAAACAGCUAGGAGUGAAGUGAACAUAACCAGGAAAAUUUCAGGGACAACUGUUAUACCUUCUUCGGCUGUAUCUUCCUUCAAUGAUAAUGGUGCUGAUAACGUCACAUUAAACUCACAACAUCUAAUUUCUCAGCAUAGUCCUCAUAUGUCUGUUACAACGUCCACUACGGAAUGUGUUUUAGCAGCAUGUGCUGAUCGGAAAAAAAGUUUGAUAGAAGAAAAUAACAAACUUCUAGACACGAUGAAAGAGGCUAACACCAGAAUACAGGAGCUUGAGGAAGAUGUGAGCGCUCUGCGGAAAGAGGUUGAAGCUUUGUUGGAUUCUAAAGCUCGCCUUGAAGGUUUGCUCAAGGGAGCAGAGGAGGAAACAGAAACCAAACGAGCCGAAGUGGAAGCAGCGAACCUAGUUAAUUCUAGGCUUCAGAAUGAUAAGGAAACUAUGAAAAAAGCUAUUUCGUUCAUGGAAGAACGUAUACAAGUGUAUCGAAACGCUUUAAUGGAACAUGAACUUGUAAUAAGUGAUGAAAGUUAUGAGAACUGGAGGAAAGGUUUUAACGACCCCAGGUAUUCUGUUAUGGUAUGCAAGAAGAUGCAAACCGAACUAACAGCUGAAUCACUUUCGAAGCAUGAAACAGAGUUCCAAUCAACCAAGCGCAAACUUGAGGAACUAAAUAAUGAGUUCACUGCGAACCGUUCAGAUUUGCAUGAUCGUUUCGAGGAAAUAGAGAAGAUUCUACUUACAAAAACUGAACUUGUUGACGUUCUGUCCAAGCAGUUAGAGGAUAUUAGACGGCAACAGCGACAUGAUAUAGAGGAGCAUCAGAAAGAACGUGAAGUUUACAAAAAAUCCCUGAGUGAAAUAUCUGAGGUUGCAGAGAGAGUUCCUAUACUAGAAAUGCGCAUUGAUGAGUUGAACAAGGAACGUAGUGAAGUGGAACUUAAAUUCCGCGAACAGAAAGAAGAGUACGAAGAUGGUUUAGAAACAACUUUAGCCGAAUCUUUGAAAAAGUACCGAGAACAAUCCGAGUAUUGGCAAAACAAAGUUCAACGCGUCGAAGAUCAACUAAACAAAUCCAAGGAUGAGAUAAUUCUGCUUCAACGAGACAAAGAAGAACAGAAACUGAGAAUGAAGUUGGAAAAAGCUGAAUUAGAACAGAAACUCACAAGCAGUAUUGAUCACGUUACUACUUUGCAUAAACAACUGACUAAAUCUCAACGUGAUGCUGAAGUAGAAGCUAGACCCAGACAAGUCAGUAAGUACGUUGCUUGUCGGCCGAUAACAAAAAGCAAAUCAACAUUAAUUGAGAAAGGUGAUCUUUUUAAUGAAACUGAAGAAAGAUUGAAGUUGUGUCAAGGGGAACUUCAGACAACUCGCAGACAAGUACAUAUACUACAGCAGAAACUUGUAACUACAAUCCAAGAGAAGACUGACGGGCGCAGUACAACUAGGCGCAGAAUAGCUUGUGUAGUACCGAAAAAUGAAGAAAUUCCCGUGGCGACAGAUUCAGACAAAGAGGAAGUGAAAGCUCUUCAAUCUCGAAAUGCUGAUCUGCGCGAAAAGUUGAUGCAAGCUGAAGAUGAGAAAGAAUCACUUGUACGGAAAGAGCGAGAUAGAAUUCAACGUAUUGCUAACGAGUUCGAGAAUGUACGUCGUGAAUUAGAUCAGGAAAUUGGUCGAUACGAAUCUGAAAAGAAAUGGCUCAAAACUCGAAUUCAAAAUCUAGAACAAGACAAUGAGCAACUUCAGAAACAACUAGAAGUUGUUAGUACUACGUCUGGACGAGUUACUACUUCAACUGCGACCUCUUCGAUAAUGCCCAAUACUUCUCGUGAUAGCUUGAUGGAAGACGAUCAUAUUGCGCUAAGGAAAACUUAUUCUGAACCUGAGCUUGUUCUAGAUGAUGAAAUGUCAAAAAUUAUUGAUGAGAGCGUUCUAGUCAGCAAAGAACUCAGUCAGAAUAAAGACAAUAAUGAAGAGACUACAGCUACAGCGAGUACUUCAACAACAAGCAAAGUAACGGCUUCCAUGUUAUCUCCGGCAUUUGCUACACUGGCUGAUGACUUGAGCAUGGUUAAAUCUGAUCUUGAACAGAUAUUGAAUAAUUGGGAAGAAGAUGAAGGUCGGGAAAAGGUUAGAACUUCUCGAACAAGAUCUCCUAGUCGCGUUAUGAACUCUGAAGAGCCUUUACAUUCGGAAGUUUUGGACACUGUUAUGAUGGAAUGGGAUACUGAUGAAAAAUUACAACUUGCUCGAGAACUGAAAAGGUCACGACAGGAGAGAGACUCUAUGAAGCUGCGAAUCGAUAGACUAUCACGAGAUUUGAGAUCAGCCACAGCAGAACUCGAAGUUUUCCGAAGAGAGCCUAAUGCCCGCAAAGUUAAUGAUGACAAUGAGGCUAUUGGUAACGAUGGAAGAUUAGUUAGAAGUCGGAGCGUUGUUGAUCUCUUCACUGAGCCAGACCAUCUUGAAGCAAGAAGAUGGAAAGAAAAAUGCGGGACUAUGUUCAGAGAAUUGAACUCUAUGAGAACUGGUUAUAAGCGUGCUCAAGAAGAGAGGCGUGAACUAAAAAUUCAAUUAGCAAUGAUGCGAGGAGAAAUGGAGCUCUUGCGAUGUCAGACUCUUCAAUCAGAUUUGCGUUCCUGUACCGAGCAGCCAAUGUCACCCACAAGCUUUGGUUCAUCUUCAGUCUACUUUUCACCAAAAUCGGCACGGAGUGUAGCAUCUUUAUACGAUUCAAAACCUAGAAAGGAAAAGAUAAUUGUUCAUGAGAGUCCAGCAGCGUUCAGAAAAGGCUCUACCAGAGAGGCUGUCGCUUGCACUAUCCAAACUCCUAUUUUAUCCACUCGGCGCAGUCAAGAACAAAGUGUAGGUACAGCUCGUACGAGAUCACAUAGUGGUCCUCGGCGGAAAGUAAUUGCAUCUAGAGAAGAGCUUGAAGCUAAGGAACAACGGCGAUCUACUCGAAGAAAGAGCAUGUCUUACUAUGCAACAGCACCGCAAUCUUUAUCAUCUUCGAUGACUUCUCUUCAGCAGGAAGCAGGGAUAGCUAUUUUAAGAUCGAAGCCACCUUUACCGGACUCCAUGUCACAAUCCUGGCAUGAACCAUCAACGUCAAAUCGAUUCAACUUGAAUGCUUCUUAUCCUUCUGUUAAUGAUAUUACAAUAUCUCAAGACACUCCUGAGGACGAUAUGAACCGAACAAAUUCUCGCGUCAUAUCACUUCGUGAGAAAGUUGGCAAGUUGACACGCGAGAACAAAUCGCUCAAUGACCAAAUGAAUGAUCUCAAACAAAAAACUCUGGCACUGGAACAGAAAGCGGGAUAUCGAAGUGGUAUUGAUGUUGAACGUUUGAACAGAAUUGAAGAAGAAAAAGAGGUUCUCCGACAACAAGUUGAGAUGCUACUUCGCAAAGUACAAGAGUUACAAGACUUACCCUCACCUCCAAACCCAUCUGAAAUUUAUCUGGAAGAACAGUUGAAUUUCAGUAGGCAACAGAACGAUAUGUAUGAAAGAAAGAUUCAAGAAAUGGAGCAAGAGAGAAGUGAGAUGUAUCUCGUUAUGUUCAAAAAAGGACAGGAGGCUGUGGAGCAUGGAGUUCAAGGCGCGGAGGAGAAAGACAUCGAUAAGAUAUCGCAAGAUCGUAUCGUUUUGAAAUUUCUUCAUGAUGCCUUCUAUUACUUUCUGUUAAACAAAGGAGAUUCGAGAGAGCAUCUACAGGCUAUCAUGACAAUGUUGGACUUCACGUCAAACCAAAAAGACGAAGUCAUGAAGAGAAGAGGAAAAACAUAA